GCGAUAAAAGCAAAUCAAAACAAAAAGCAUUCCUGGAUUUUGGUGAUUCUCCGGUGUUAUUUUCUAACAAAAUACUAUUUUAAACUGUUCCUACUUCUAAUAAAACAGUGUAAAACGUAACGUGUGUGCCUAUAUAUCGCGCCGGAAGCGAUGAAUCUGAAAGAGGUCGUUUACGUCGGCAACGUCCCGAAGCAGGCAACCGCUGCCGAACUCGCCGACUUCUUCAAAGAUGUCGGCCGCGUUAUCAAGGUUUCGUUUAUGCGAGAGAACCGGAACGACUGCCGCACCAAGGUAGCAUUCGUGCUGUUCGAGAACGAAUCGCAAUCGCUCAAGGCCUGCAGCUUCGACCAGACCAUCUUCCAGUGGAACCGGGUGAUCGUGAUGCUGGUGGACGACGAGCGGCACUUUUGGGCCGGCCAUACCGUCAUCGUGCGAAAUAUUUCAUCGGAAACCAACGAGGAAGAACUUUUCGAAGCGUUCGGGCGGUACGGGAUGAUCGAGGCGGUUCAAAUACCGACGUGUAACUUUGCCUACGUUGGAUUUCGGGAGAAAUCUGCUGCAGCAGCCGCCCAGCGCUUGAACAACACCAUGCUGGGCAAGUCGAAAAUUUCCGUGCAAGUUUUGCAGCGCAACAUGCGCGUGCGGUUGGAAGAUCUGGACAGCUUCAAAACUCCGAGGGUCUACAACGAACUAUCGGAAGCUAGAAUGAAGUACGACUAUAAUAAAAACUUGGCAUUGGAACAGACGACGGUAUCUGUUGGUGUGGGAUCUUCUGGCGCGGUGUUCGAUUACGAUGAUUAUGAAGAUGAAGAGGAUAAUCGCAUCUAUGACCCAGUAACGAACCGUUUCUACGACAAGCCCAAGGUAAAUGAUCGAACAAAGGAAGAACCUUGCGUUGUGGAAGAAAUCAUAGAUGAUGAGGAGGACGACGAUUAUCUCUUAAUUCCGCCACCGAUUCCGUGGACAAAUCCCCGCAAUGAGGAAGAAAUACCGAUUGAUUUGGUAUCUCCUCGGGAAUCGCCGGCUCGAGAUUUGUUUGACGACGAUGUGGAGCUAAACGACGAUUCGGAUAUGACCUCAGCGGAGAUCGGAAGAAAGGAAAUCAGCUUUGGGAAAUCGGCGAUGGUUUCAGUCUCGAACAGUGCGGUACGGGUGGAGAAUGUUCCGCGGGAGGUUUACGACGAGGACAUCGUGCGGUACUUUGCCAAAUUUGGAUUGAUUGUCAGCGUGGAGAUAGUGCAGUCGACGAGUUGCAUUUUCAGCAAGAUCUAUACGAUCAUUUACAAGCAGCAAUCGGUGGCCGAAAAGGUGCUGCAAUGUUUCAUGCGGAAGUGUGAAUUCUCCGGCGUUGUGUGUACGCUUUUCGUUACUCGUCCGGAGGAUGUCAUCCAGGAAGUACCGGGUAAAUGCGUUAUUGUGGAUUACAUUUCCAACAGUACGGUCUACGAGGAUGUGGCGGACGCAUUCCGUAAGGUAGGUCAGGUGGUGUACUUGAAGAAAACAGUUCGCAACACUACUGCGAGUGUUGUGCACUUUCGGAAUCGGAUUUCGAUGGACCGCGCCAAAGAGGUGAUGGACAUCGACGGUGACAAGGUACGGGUGGUGCCCUACAGUCAGGAUUUUUUCCGAAAAUUUACGGAAGAGAAUCGUAAACUGAAACAUGCCAGCGCACCGUAUACGAAGAAGCCGCUGAAGAACGUGCGCAUGGUGGACAUUGAGAUGAAGGAGGAACAGGAACGGAACAAGUACAUGAUCCUGAAGACGGUGUACAACCCGAACUAUCGGAAUCCGGACCCGAAGAAUUUGAAUAAUGAAGUCGUCAUCCACAACUGCCCGGUCCGGACGACGCUCAAAGAACUUCGGCGCCAUUUCAUCAGCAUAGCGUUCGUGACGUCUAUGCGCCAUGAGCAAUCACCGUACGAUACCAACACCUGGAAGGUGUACGCCAACUUUUGCUCCUUCGUCGAUGCCUUCAACGCCGUACGCCUGAAGGGACCGCUCAACAACUAUCCCAUCUUCAAACACAUGGCAAGCGAGAGGCCGAAGUACGAUUCGCUCGAAACGGUGGAGGUCGAGUGCCAGCAAGAUGACAUCUCUGUUACCAAAAUGUAUAACAGCUUGGUGGGACAUGGAGCGAUAACGUUUGUGGACAAAGUAGAUCACAGGAGAUUUUUGGUAAUCUGCCGAGAUUCCAAAACGGCCAAGAAGAUUGUUCAGCUUAAGGUUUUAGCCAAAAAUCCCGUGAAGGCGCUACUUUAUCGGGAUGUGAUGAAUCAACAGAAUGCGAAAGAUCUUCCUGUCCAGCCGAGUAGUCCACCGCGAGCUCGAUCUCCGGAACGCAAAGAGGAGAAAAGAUCUAGACGACGCAGAAACUCGUCUCGUCGAGAUCCUCCGAUCCCAAUGGAUGAUUUGAUUGCUCUUCAGCGUCGCAUCAUUAACGAGGACAGAGGCCGUCGUUCUCCAUCGCGGGAUGACCGACACCGGCGGGAUGAACCGAACGAGUGGGAAGGAGAUUUCGAUCGAAGUGCAAAACGUUCUCCUAUGCGUAGAAGGCACUCCGUCGAUAUGGACAUUGUUGAUGAUCAACCCGCACCGGACCACGUUUAUCAACGUAACCAUGCGAAUUUUAUACACGAAUUCGAGGAACCACGUUUUGAUCCAGUGUACGAUGACAGCUACCAGCGACAACGUGAGCAGGCGCUAGUUUAUACCAACCCUCCAGCUCCAAACAUGAUGCUACUAGGAGGGCCACCGAGGGAUUUCGUUCAAGGCUGGGCUCCAGGAGGACCCAUGUACGGCCCGCCAGCCAUGGUUCCUCCUCCUGUCACUAGAAGUGUAUUCAUGCCACAACCACCGGCUCCAGGCACGACCAUUAUCGGAGGACCCCUAUCGUUACCAGUUCCCAGCGUAACGAUCCAUCGUAUUCAACCAGAAGCAUCGCAGCAAGGAGAUCUUCGAGAAUACCUGGCCGAGAAGAGAAACAUCCGAGCGAAGGAUACGUACGAUCCCACCGAGGAGUUGGGCCAUCAGUUAGAUGAUCUCAACUCGGCCCGCGCGGUUUCUCCCAAAGAAAUGAACCGUAUUGAAAGUUACAUCCGCGAAAAAGAACUACAAAUCAAGAAUCGUCUUCAUCUGCUGGACAAGAAGCUUGUCGAUGUGGGCGGCCCGUCCAGGUCCAGUCGGUCCCGUGAGCGUUCAGUUUCGCCAAGUGAUCGCAAAGCACAUGACCGAAUCCAGCAGAUUCGCGUUGAAAAGAUUAACGUCACCCGUCAACUGACUCAGUUGCGUAUGAGUGGCGAUCGGAAGUCAGAGCAGUUCACUGCUCUCUGCGAACGCCAAUCGGCGCUCGACAGAGAGUGCACCGACAUCCAGCGACAACUCGAAGCGAAGAAAUUGUGGCUUGCCGAGAGAGCACGCUCUCUUUCCCGUGAACGCCACGAACAGGAAAUGACGAAACAGCCUCCUAAAAAGAAGAGUUUGUCUCGAGAACGGCGCAGUCGAAGUUCAUCCCGUGGCAAACGUCGCUUCUCGCGCAGUCACUCCCGUGAGUAUCGCGCGCGGUACAACUACCGCCGAAGCCGGUCCAGGGGUCGCCGUUCCCGAUCACCGGAUCGCAACCGACGCCACGAUCGAUCAUCAUCGAGGGACCGUUCAUCGCGGCGCCGAUCGAAAUCGCUUGAUCGAGGCCGGCGCUAUAAUCGGCCUUCGGUGACGAGCACCCGAACACCGGAAUCGCUAUUGCGUGAGAUGAGACAAUUGGGACGCCCACGCGAGGGGAAAACCGAUCAGUGCGUCUUUAUCGGUAAUAUCGCCAAUGGGGUUCGUGAGGAUGAACUGAAGGCCACCUUCGCCCGUUACGGACGUAUCGUGCUCUGCGAUUUCAGCUUGUUGGAAAAAUUCGGGGAAAUGUACAUAGAUUACCAUCAGCGGGAGGAUGCGUUCCGGGCGCUGGAAAUGAACCGGGUCAAAAUCAGUGGUAAGCGAUUACGCGUGGCGUUGAACUGCCGCAAGCCAGCAAACAGGGACGGGUACAGCGUGAUUGUGGAAAUGUCGGAACCCGUUCCCGAGCGUGAUCUUUAUGCUCGCUUCGAUGACUGCGGCGAUAUUGAGUUCAUCUGGCAUUAUGAAAAUGCAACGAUCGCGACCGUAACCUUCGAGAGGCCCGAGUCGACGCUGAAAGCUCUGACCAUUCGGGAGCUGCACAAUCGCAUUCCGAUAAUCGUCAGGGAAUAUGUGGAAAGCGAGCGCUGAGGUGGAGCAGAUGGUUUGUGUUUUAGUUUUUAGGAAUUUGCAUGUAUUAGAAGGCUACUUCAAUACCAAGAGGUGGUAACAAUUCAGGGAGGAUACAAGUGGAGUAA